UUGUUCAGCUAACGCUUGUGGGGCAGUUUAAAGAUGGCGGCGCACGUAUAGCUUUGAAUUAAACUGCUGUAUUGAAAACAAAUCUGUUCUAUUUUCCGAAUCAGAUAGUGAUAAUGUUUCACAUUUUGCGCUGCAGUCGAUUAACGCAAGGUUCUGAUCGAUUACUGCGAUAUAAUGUGACCAAAUCAAGGGACCUGCUGCUGUAUUCCAGCCGAUAUGGACGACACUCGCGACAAUGGAGCACUUCUCAAUCCUCAAGCCAACACUCCACCACCAGCGCAGUCAUCCGGAUGUGGACCCAGGCUCAAAAAGCAUUCCGACUCGCCACCCGGCGUCGCAUCGAGUCGCCUAGAACGGCCUUGACGUUUGUGGUGGGACCGGCCGCCCUCACGCUUACGGCGAGGCUGUUCGGCACUGUGGCUUACUGCAGCGCCGAUGUCAACAACAACCACCACCACCUCCCUGAGAAGAUCCCGGAGUUCAGCUGGGCGCUCCUCUGGGAGUUCGUCCGGCCGCAGAUCCUCGCGUUAAUUGGGGCCGUUGUUCUUGCAUUUGGAGCAGCAGCUCUGAACAUCCAGAUUCCGCUGAUGCUUGGCAAUCUAGUCAACGUCAUCGCUCAGUACAUGAGGGAACACGUGGGAAAUUACAUGAGGGACAUUCGCGCACCUGCGCUCAAGCUACUUGGCCUGUAUGGCCUCCAGGGUCUGCUGACCACCGGUUACAUCAUCCUCCUGUCCCGGGUUGGAGAGAGCGUAGCCAGCGAGAUGAGGAAAUCGCUCUUUGCAUCAUUGCUAAGACAGGAUGUUGCGUUCUUUGACGCCAAUAAGACGGGUCAGCUAGUUAACCGCCUCACUGCUGACAUUCAGGAGUUCAAGUCUUCAUUCAAGCUGGUUAUCUCUCAGGGUUUACGGAGCAUCACGCAGACCGUCGGCUGCGUCGUGUCGCUGUACGUGAUCUCUCCAAAGCUGACGGGCCUGAUGGUGGUGGUGCUGCCGUGUCUCGUCGGUGCCGGCGCCCUCAUCGGCUCCUUCCUCCGCAAGCUUUCUCGAGAAGCCCAGGAACAGGUAUCUAAAGCUACAGGCAUCGCCGAUGAGGCUCUUGGGAACGUGCGAACAGUGCGGGCCUUCGCCAUGGAGGACCGAGAACUGGAGACGUACUCCACAGAGGUUGAGAAAUCUGCCAUGAUGAACGAAGCUUUAGGAAGAGGAAUCGCAGUGUUCCAGGGUCUUUCGAACAUCGUAUUGAACUGUUUAGUUCUGGGCACUAUUUUUGCCGGAGGAUCCUUAAUGGUGCAGAACGACAUGACCCCGGGUGACCUCAUGUCGUUUUUGGUCGCCUCGCAAACGGUUCAAAGAUCCCUGGCCAGCAUCUCCAUCCUGUUCGGGCAGAUGGUGAGAGGUAUGAGUGCAGGAGCGCGCGUCUUCGAGUACAUGACCUUGGAACCUACCAUUUCCCUGACGGGCGGGGGACGGAUUCCACGCGAGUCUUUGACCGGACGAGUGGACUUCCUGAACGUCGACUUCAGUUACCCGACGAGACCCGGCAACCAGAUCCUGAAGAACCUCAACCUGACUCUACCUCCGUGUAAAACGGUGGCUAUAGUCGGAGAAUCCGGUGGAGGUAAAUCCACGGUGGCGGCGCUGCUCGAGCGCUUCUACGACCCGAGUGGUGGCGUGGUCAUGUUGGACGGUCUGGACAUCAGGACGCUGGAUCCCUCCUGGCUCAGGGGUCAUGUGAUUGGAUUCAUUAGUCAGGAGCCGGUCCUGUUCGGCACCUCGGUGAUGGAGAAUAUCCGAUUCGGUAAGCCAGGUGCCACGGACGCUGAAGUGAUGGCUGCAGCCAGGCAGGCCAACGCCCACACCUUCAUCACCAGCUUCCCUGACGGAUACGACACGGUGGUGGGUGAGCGAGGCGUGACCCUGUCAGGAGGGCAGAAGCAGAGGAUUGCCAUUGCUCGUGCUCUCGUGAAGAACCCCAGCGUGCUGAUUCUGGACGAGGCCACGAGUGCGCUGGACGCUGAGUCGGAGCACGUGGUGCAGGAGGCGCUGGACCGAGCCACAGAGGGACGCACCGUCCUCAUCAUCGCCCACCGCCUCAGUACCAUCCAGGCGGCGGACCUCAUCUGCGUCAUGAGCAGCGGCAGAGUGGUGGAGGCUGGAACUCACCUGGAGUUGCUGAGAAGAGGAGGUCUGUACGCCGAGCUGAUCCGAAGACAGCGAGCUAACGACCAGAAGUGAACCCUUGAGCGGAGGAAGUGCAGCAGAUCAGCGUUUCCUGGAUCCACAUGAUAUUUAUAACCGCAUCAUACUCGAUCAUUACACGCGUUUGAUUCGAUGAGUCGUUAAAGCUCACAUCUUCAAAUCGGAAAUAUUUUAACUAUUAAUUUUGUUUUUAAACAAAUCUGAUCGUUUCCCAUGAUGGUUAUAUCUACAUAGGUGUACAGUACAUUUUAACGUUUUAAUUUGUAAAUAAAUAAAGAAUGUGAAUAAA